AGUCUGAACUCAACCUCAGGACGUUCAACAGGGAGUGUGUGGAUUACUGUCUUCAUUCACCAGUCUUGUGGGUGACAAUAGUUGGACUAAUACGUCAUUUCAAAGAAUUACGGGGACACCUGCAGCCGUUGAAGAUUUUCUUUGGGGGAAACCACACUCUCCCAGAACAACAGAUAGCUUCGAAUAAAACUGAAAGAACUUUUGAAACCAAGUGCACGGCCGACGCGAGGUGUGAAACACGAGCAGACAUGUCUUGCCUUGUGAUGUUCCGCGUCCCCGCUGUCGGAGUCUCGUUGAGCUGGGAACCUUGAGCUCGUUUCACUUCAUUUGUAUUUAUAAAGAUUAGACAUCCAAGAAAAGCCUUCAAAGAAAAGAUAGUAAUAAAACUUUAGCCCACUUAAAGAAAAGAUAAGAAAUCGAGAAAUAAAAAAAUGGCACUCACCACCGUAAACAUCGCGACCCUGUACUCGUCGGCGCAGUGUGUGCUUUCGGUCGUCGGGUCUGUGGGCGUGAUCUUGCUCUUCGCCGGGAUUCCGCAGCUCAUCUACUCCGACGUCAUCAGCGUGGCCAACCUCCUGACGUUUAUUCUAGGAGCGGUCCUCAUCACGACGAUGGUAGCCGGCAACUCGUUCCUUAAUUACAAGUACCGCAGCAUCACGAGGGCGGCGCAGAACGGGCGUGACAGUUCCGAGGCGAGCACAUCCCAGGCAGACAUAGAGGAUAAGCCGCCCAGUUACGACGCCAUCCUGGACUCUGACGGCCUUCCGCCUAACUACUACAGCGUGGUCUCCGAGAAACCUCCGAGAUAUGAAGACAUUGUCGGAGGGAAGCGCACAGAAGCGAGCUCGGAGGCGCAGCCCCAGUGUGAACAGAGCCAAGCCUCCCCGGUACCUCCGCUCGAGAUCAUCCAGACUCCGGCAGAGGUCAACGUCGUCCUGCAGGAGGGACAGCCCAAGAGCAUCGUCCUAGACCACAGAGAAACGUCCUCCGCCGCCGCUGCACCGAAGGACGUUGUUAGCAAGCUCGGGUGUGAGAAUCCCUCCUUCGACAGACAUGAGACUGAAUUCGCGGAGGCUACGUGCACUCGCCUCAACGAAUCGGAGUCGUAGGAAGAUCUAGUGCAAAGUGUCGGGUUUAAUCGGGAACGUCCAAGAAGAUAAAAGGCAAUGCCGGCCGCCCAGUUUGAUAUUUGUGCAAUAAUACUUGUAACAACGAAAGGGAGAGAGGACUUGCAGUAGGCCAUGACUGCCUUGUCCUCACAGACGCAAGACCUGUGACGAUAGCCUGCAUGGCUCUCUAAUUCUUAGAGAAACAGAAAGACCUGUGACGAUAGGCCUACAUACUUUGUUCCUAGUGACAUAAAAGACCGUACAGAGACGUUGAGAUAAACCUUUAAGAUUGUCUCGUUCUUAGAGACCUAUAAGACCUGUGACCAUAAGUCUAUAUGAGUCUCUUUCAAGGCUCGAAGGACCUGUGACGAUGGGUCACAGGACUUCAUAGACACAAACAUUAAUGAUAGGCCUAUAUUACUGCCUCGUUCCUAGAGACGUAAAGGCCUUCAAGACUGUCCUCUUCCUAGACAUAAGAUCUAUUACGAUAGGGCUAUAUGACUGUCUCGUUCCUAGAGACCUAAAAGACCUGUGACCAUAGGCCUGUAUGAUUUGUCUCGUUUCAAGAGGCGUAAAAGACCUGUGACGACAGGCGUACAUGAAUACCUUGUUCCUAGAGAACGUAAAAAACCGUUGAGAUAAACAUAUAUGCUUGUUUCGUUUCUAGAAACAUAAGAAUGCCUGUUAUGAUAGGUCUGUAUGACUCGUUCCAAUGAUUGUCUCGUUCCAAGAGGCGUAAAAAGACCUGCGAUGAAUCCUACAUACUGCAAAUGCCUUGUUACUAGAGGAACGCAAAGAGAGGUGGAGAUAGACCUAUAUAACUGUCUCGUUUCUAGAAACUUAAGAAGACGAUAGGCCUGUAUGACUGUCGUUCCUAGAGACGUAAAUGACCUGUGACGAUAGGCCGUGUGAUUGCCGAUUGCGCGUCUCGGGUCGCGCGAUGAAACUAGUCGUGUUCCUUUAGUCAAUGAGGAUUAUUUACACACACUUACUUUUAAACCAUUAACUUUAUUGUGGCCAGUGUUAAGGAGAUCUUUGUUGUAGUCUUUGUAAUAUAGUACUGCAUUUCAUUAUGUAUUAAAGUACCUGUCUUUAUGAUUCAGUGAUCUAAUGCAUUUAUUGUAUUAUUAUAUAUGUAAUAUUUUAUCUGUUAUAUUUAUUAAUACUUUUGAAAGAAAAGUUUGUAACCAAAACAAAGCGAAAUAUAUGGAUAUCAUCACCUUGCAAAGUAUCUGAAAACCUGUAUGUAUCAUACAAUGUAAUUUCUACACAUCUAUAUUAUUGCAAUCAUGAAAACGCAUCCAUGCAAGCAAUAUCUAUCACCCUCGUUAUGAAAGAAAAGCUUAUCAAUUGUGCAGAUUUACGAUGUUUUCGCAUAAGACUGUGAAUAUAAAUUAAGUUCUGCGACUCCUGUUUGGCCAAUAGAACGAUGAAGGUUUUCUAAUCCUUGAAAUUAAGGAAAAAUCGAGUAAAAAGUGAAGAAAAAGGACAAAGUCCCGGACAUGUGAGAACAACAAGUGUUUGAAAGGCGUGACGUGAUAUAACAAAAAAACGUUGGAAGGAAAAUAAACAUUUUUAAGGGAAAAAAUACGAAUAUACCAACAAGAUUCCAAGAAUUUGCAAGGAAGAUUGAUACCUAUUGUCUUCGUGAUUUCCGACAAGGUCUCCAGCUGGUUGUGAUACUCGCUCUAAGUUUAAGUAAUUGCUACUAUAUUUGUGAUAGACAUUUUCUAAUUAAUAAAAAAUAAAGAUAAAAAAAUACAUAUCUAC